UCAACGCUCCAUGAAAUUUCAAAUGUUGUCAGCGGUUGGGAUUGCCGGCUUCUUCGUUUCGUAGUGCUUGCUCGUGUUUACGUUCAAUGUGGAUUUGAUCCGUACUUCGCGUAGCCUGAGUAUCGACUUUACUCAGAAUGGCCUGCAACGUAGACGACGUUGAUAGUUCUAUUUUGGACUCUUCCAUUCUCAGCCAAGCGAGAAUAGAAGAUGACUCCUGUUCUAUAUCAAGCGGUGUCUUCAGGGAACCCCGCCGAGGGAUUUGGCUGCGAAAGCGCAAAAGGAAGACUAGUGGUGAGCGAGAUCUUGGUGACUCGGUCAGUGUUUGUUCUUUGGAUGUGUCAUUGAACUCGGAGCCAGAUAUGAAAAAGAAGCGGGGUAUGUCAAAGGUGGCAUCUUUUGCAAACUUGCUGUCAACUCCGAUGAAGCCUGUCAUGAAGUCAUUACAGAGAACCUGGACAACUGGAAAGGGAGACACCCCGAAUUCAAUGACCAACUCUCCGUACUCUCCGCGAAGGGCAUCAAUGUGCCCCCCGACACCAACUUCUGCUUCAGCUCCAUCUCCCAAAAGCAACAGGCAGGUGCGCCUGCAUCGCAGCUGGAGCCAAACCCUGGGCAAGGGAAACGCCCAGCAAGCUUUCCUUGGUUUGAAAGAAACUAAGCGCCAAGAGGCCAUAUUCGAACUGUGUGCAGGAGAAGAAAAUGUGGUGGAGGAUUUGGAAUUGCUUCUAGCAACCUAUCGUAACUCUUUAUUGAAUUUGAGAAUCCUUACUGAAGAUGAAGUGAACUGCAUCUUUGGCGAUUUGGAACCCAUUCUGGCUGCACAUCGCCAAUUAAAAAAGCAGCUACAUGCUCUCAGAGAUGAGAAUGGAGUUACACAUGCCAUAGGGGACACUUUGGUUUCCUGGAUACCUACCCUAAAGCACUAUGUUGGGUACUGCUCAAAUCAAGUAUGGGCUCGUGCCUUACUUGAUGAAAAGAAAGCCACCAACAAGAGGUUCCAAGAUUUUCUCAGAAGGUGUCUUGAGUCCUCCUUCAGUCGCAAGCUUGAUCUAUGGAGCUUCUUAGAUGUACCACGCUCGAGACUAGUGAAGUAUCCUCUACUUCUCUCCGAAAUUCUGAGACUUACUCCUCCAAGCCAUGUGGAUGCUCUGGUCUUGCCUCAUGUAUCGACUGCUUUAAGUUCCCUCUUGCGUCAAGUGGAUAUGGCAACUGGUUCAGCUGAAUGCAAACGCACUUUAGAGCGGCUUCACUUUCCACCCAGCACUCCAUCAGGUUCACUGAGAAGUGCAAAGCGCUUGCUUGAUAAAGCCAACAGUGUAAAAUGCUCAGGUGUUCUCAAGGAUAAACGUGGAGCAAAAUUGCACUGUUUCCUGUUUGAUACAUGCUUUGUGGCUGCCAGAACCAUGAGGCCUGGCACAAAAUUGAAUGCUUGUUAUCCUGUGAUCCCUGCUCGCCAUUUGGAGGUGACAGAUGCCAACACUGAAAAUUCGCAGCGGUCUCAGGAUGCUUUCUCAUUCUAUGUUGGAAAUAAAGCUAAGACAAAUUCUGCUCUUUGUUUGAUGGCUACAGAUGAGCAUGUUAAGAAACAUUGGAUUGAUUCUUUGAAUCAAGUUCUAAACGGUGCCGUGUUCUUGGAUGACUCUGAUGCUGAGGCUGAUACAGGAGAUCAGGAGGGAGAACCUGAUCAAGAAAACAAAUCCCCCAAAGGGGUCAAGAGUAAGUCUCCUGUAAAAGAAAAGAAGCUCACAAAGUCUAAGUCAGCUCGCACUCUUCGUAAAUCAAGAACUAGUUUGAAGGAACUCUCAGACACAAAGUUGCAACCAUCUCACAGAAGUAAUGGAAGGCUGCAUCGCAUGAGUACCCGAAGCAGUAUUGAUUGUUUGAUUUAAAUAUGAGUAUUUCUGACCCUUCUUUAGCCCUUUCAUGAUAAGAAUGGAAGUUAUCAUGAAUUUUGAAGAGUAUUAUUUUUCUUUUUUUAAUUUUAUAUAAUUUUAUAUAUGUUUUUCUGUGUGUAUAUAUUAAAAAGUGUAUGUACUUUAUUUUCCUAUCUGUUAUUCCCUGUGGCAGAUUAUGAAGUCUUGUGUCAUUAUUUAUUUUUAUGUUAAAAUCAAUUUUGGGAUAAGUUGGAAAUUUGUAAAAUGCCGUCUGUUCUGUACUUCCCUUAUUUUGCUUUGUCUACUGACAUUUUUUUUAGCACUGAGUGUCCUCAGUGAAUUACCUUCCUUUUUUUGGUGUCUCUAUUAGUGGAUUAGUGUGGCCUGAGCGUACUGCGCUAUUUAUCAUUUCUUACUCUUUUCUUUUUAGUGGUGAACUAAAUACAGUAUCUUAGGUUCUUCAUUCAACCUUGUCAAAACCAAAUUGUUUUUUUCUGUUUGCGUGUUUUUGGUAAAAAUGUUACUCUUUCCUUCCUUUCUUCCUUCUUUCACUGUUUCCCUGUUCAUUUUUGACCUGAGUGAAUGUUGCCUGAAAUGAUGUGUACAGUAUUAUAAUGGUCCUGUUCAUGUUGUGAUGGUCUUGUUUGAACUCUUUUGUAAAUAAGUACUUUCAAUUGAAGCGCUAUGAAAUUGUCCUCAUGACGUGUCAUGAAGUUCGUUCCUUUCCUUUCAUUGGAGCAAAAAGAAAACCCAAAGCUAAGUUAUCAGUAUUAAUCAUUGCCCAUCAGUAAUUUAUUAUUAUUCAAAGGGAAUGCUGGUGCUGGGUUACUAAUAAUAUUGGAAUAAUGUAUCAAGUUCCUCUCAUUAUAUAUCACCUUAUUUAGUUAUGGUUUGGCAGCUCAUCUGCUCUAUUGGAGAAAGUGGACAGUUAUACUCAAGCUUAUGAGUAAUUGUACAUUUUAAGUUUCUUGAAAUAAAAGUAUUUCUUAUUUGCA